AUGGCAAAGGAACUACACAAAUGUUUGAUAAAUUAUUUCUCACAGUUAGAGAAAGUAAGUUGCAAAUGGAAUCAAUUGUCCGAAGAAGCCAAACGGCCUUUACACGGAUUAAAGAAUCAAUCAGAGCAACUCCGACUCGUCAUAAGCAACGAAGUCGAUGAUGCAGAACUCUGUAAAAUAGAUGAAUUACGUGAAAGAUUGAUUUUUAAAAUUCUUAUGGGAAUCGACAGUGAACUUGAACUGCUCUUAGAUAUUUUGACACGAUUUAAUAACAUUAAUCAAGAUCUAAAAAAUCGUUUAAACAAUUUGGAAGAAACAAGAAGUAAAAUUUCAUUAGAUGAAGAAACGAUGAAAGAAUUAAUCAAUGGUACACCUUAUAGACCAAGACUAAAUUUACUUUUACAAUGGGCUAUCGAAGCUUUCAAUUACUACCACGAAUUAUACUUGCUGAUCAAUAAAAACGUAAAACAAUUCAAUUAUAAAGAUGAAGAAACGGUAGAAAAUUUAACAAAAUCUUUUGUCGAGGAUCGGUUUAAAAAACCGCGGAUCGAACGAAUACUCUAUUUCACACAAUUUCUAAUAAAAGAAUCCGUUCAUUAAAAGUUUUUUUUUUAUUACAUUUCAAUUCAUCAAUUUUUAUAAGCAAAUAUUUCCAGAUUGCAAUAUUUUGUACAUAAAUGAAAUAAAUAUUUCCAUUUGUA